AUCUCCUCACGCCUCCCCUUUUCUAUUUGUUUAAUAAACCCUCGUUCUUGCGAUUUUUAAAGGAGGCCAGAAGAUGAGACGAUCGUCAUCGAAGAAGGCCCAGCAGAGCUCCGUCAAUUCUUCUGCCACAAGCAAAGCGGUUUCAAAGGAAAUGGAGCGAAUUGACAACCUAUUCUAUGUUUAUGCGGAUAAGUCUUCUGGUAUGAUAGACCCUGAAGGUAUCGAGUCCUUCUGCUCCGAUGUGGAAGUAGAUCAUACUGAUGUCAGGAUACUCAUGCUUGCCUGGAAGAUGAAGGCUGAAAAGCAGGGAUAUUUUACUCUGGAAGAAUGGCGCAGAGGUCUAAAAGCACUUCGAGCAGAUACUAUCGCCAAACUAAAGAAGGCACUACCAGAAUUGGAGAAAGAGGUAUCGAGGCCUCAGAAUUUCCUCGAUUUCUAUUCAUAUUCAUUCCGUUAUUGUUUGACAGAGGACAAGCAGAAGAGUAUAGAUAUCGAGAGUGCUUGUGAACUACUGGAUCUAGUGUUAGGCUUUCAAUUUCGCCCGCAGGUGGGAAAACUUGUUGAAUACCUUAAGAGCCAGCAUGAAUACAAAGUAAUAAACAUGGAUCAGUGGAUGAGUUUUCUCCGGUUUUGUAAUGAGAUAAGCUUUCCGUCACUUGAUAAUUAUGACGAGGAACUUGCUUGGCCUUUGAUUUUGGACAAUUUUGUCGAUUGGAUGCGUGCGUAGCAAAAGCUUCUCCUCCUCUCUUUCUCCCAAAACUGUCUUGUUAUUUUCAGCUUCAAUUCAAAUUCUGUAGAGACGAAGAAUGAUAUAAUUAAGUUGUGGAGGAUUUACUGGUCGCUAUAAUUUCUCAACCGUCUUUUGAGAAGAUGCGCAGAAGUUAUCCAUUAUUAUUUUCUGAAAAAGCCUGUCGAGCUAUUCUUGAAGUCAAUUGUGCUCAUUCUGUAUCGAAUGGUUCUUUCUCCAGUAUUGAAUUGUCGAGCAGAGUUACUUUAUAUAAAGUUUGGAACAAUGAGAGUCGCAUUUUAAGAUUUGAAAUAAAAGUUAAGAGCUCAUUUAAUUUUGA